AUGGAAUCACUCCCCCGAAGUCGGCGACUGGUGACCUAUCGCUCUAGCGCUCAUAAUGAAUCGCAAUCCAAGUCCGUACUCUCUCGUACGUCAACUACCAAACAUACACCAACUAGAUCGCGCCAUUCACGCCAAUCAAAUCAUCGCAUUUUAAACAGCGAACAGAAAGAGGGAAAGCCCCAGGGGUUGUCCGAGGCUUCGGAUGAGAAGAUUUAUGAUCUACCAUCCUCAGACGAAGAAGAUCAGCAGCAAUAUAAGCCGAGGCGAAAAAGACGGCGGCAUGGCUCGAAUGGGCAUACAGCCACCUUACGACAGGAUAUUGUCGGCCCAGGAAAACCUAUAAUGGUUGAGAAGGAUGUCAAACCUGGCAGUAUUCCCACCGAGAAAUUGAAUACAGCAGCCCCCCAGAUUAUAUCCGCCUCACCGCAGAGGAGAAAAGGCGCAACUAAUCAUCAAGCGGGCAUCAAGCAAUUGGGAGACGACGAGCUAGGGAACUUCAAACUCCAGACACCUAAGUCUACCGAAUAUUUGGACAAUAUCGGAAUGCCUGGUACCUCCGCACGCGAGAAUGAGCGACCCAAAAGUUCCGAGACACAGAAACGUGUCACUCGAAACGCGCAAACUAGCUUCAAUUCUCCUGGAUCUCCAAAGUCUAUCAUACCAGUUGUGGGAAAUUGUACUCCUGGCCGUCGGAGACUAAUCGACUCGCUGGGUACUAGGGAACGUUCAGCGGAGGGGUCACCAUCAGAUACGCUGGUUGAUAGCCAAAUAUCUUCUCCCUUAGCUCCUCCUACGCCAAAUCGACAACCCGACCUUGUACUAUCAAGAACGCCGGUCGAGAGCCAAUGUGAUAGCCAUGGUCGGGACCCUUCUGUUGCACCCUCUCCCCUUUUACGUGGCUCAAAGGUUACAUAUGCCCGCCAACGCUCAUUUUUAGAUGACCUUGCUUUGGAAACUGGGUCCUCGAGCGUAAAUCUUGCAGCUGGUGUGGAGCAGAAUGACUCGCUAGUCGAACGUGACCACAUGAAUCCCAAUACUGAGUCUCGGGCUCGUCUUUUCACUAUUGAGGAACCUGACAAUGAUGAUGGGACAGUUCGGAGCAUCCAUGAACUUCGUCAAGCUGGUGGAAAUGCUCGUUACCGCGGCGCGAUCGAGUCCAUCUUCGAAGAUAUUGAAGAUACCCACAUUUCCACAUCGGGUCGGUGCAGUGCAUUAGUGCAACUCUGCAGCAAGUUACUAGAUACAAAGCUUGCAAGUCAAUUCCUGGAGUGCAGUUUUGAUAAGAGACUGGUGGAUCUGUUUUGCAGGGAUCUGGACCUGAUUUCUUCUUCACUUGCCCUCUGUGCCUAUAAACUUUGUGCCAUAGGCAGACCUCUUCCCUAUAUUCUCGCCAAGACUGCUUUGCCCAAGCUUUUGGAUAUAUCGCUUCCUUUGUUAAGCAUUCAAGAGGGCCUGUUCGCGAUGACACGUGCCCCGCACCUGAGAAUAGCCAAGGCUACUCAACUGUCCAUUCAACACAUCCUCCCACAGCUCCAGUCGAUUCUGCUUCCCGAUGAUUAUGUGGCCAAGUUAUCCCCUUGCCUCUUAAUACUGCAAUGCCUGGGGAUGACUGUUGCGGCAGUUCAGGGCAAAGGCGAGAAUUCCAGCGGUCUUCCUGUGCCCUUUUUGAAGCGAUUGGUAAAUCUCAUGCUAUCUACCAACUCUCAUCAUGAGAAGGGUUCAACCACCAUUGGGCCAGACGCCUCCCAGAAUUUGAUCUUGGCCUUGUCUAUCCUGGAGGCACAUACGACAACUGGAGGGCCUCUUUCGGAGGACCAUCGUGAGGUUCUGAGUUCCAUUUCAAGUUUGUAUGGUUUGCUUUCAGCGACAGGCGACAGUCCAGUGAAUAUGACCAGCCAGAGCAUUCAAAGUCUCUAUAUUCGAGUGAUCUUGAAUGUGACCAACAGCCACCCUAGCCUUUGCGAUGACUUCGCAACACCGGAGAUGAUAGACGAAUUGGCCACAAUCGCAAUCAGCAACUUUGCCGACUUGGCCAAGGAGCCCCACGCUCAGGAAAACACCACUUCUCUAGAUACGGUCAUUCUGGCACUGGGGGCUCUGAUUAACCUAACUGAACAAAGCGAAACCUCGCGAAUCAUUUUCCUCACCUCACGCAGCUCAGGUCCGUCCCUUCUCGACCAAUUGUUACAUAUGUUUUUGGUUCAUGUCGAUUCCACUUCAGAAGCACAUUCUGUCCCGGCUGUUCAUCAUAACGUUGCGGUGGGAUAUUUGGCGGUCCUCCUCCUGGCCCUGUGUCUCAAUUCCAGUGCUCGUGCCGACAUAACGAAUUCAUUGCAUUCUAGGGACUUAUCGGUUAUUAUGUCGACGGUUGAGGAAUUCAUGCAGUAUCACCGCAAGAUCGAGCAGGAACUUCAACCCGUCCACGUACAAGGUGAUCCAAAUGGAUUCCAUGUUCGACUGCUGGACCUCGUGGGUCGAAUCCAAGACACCAUUGAAUGA